CGAGGUUCCUCUAUCCACCCUGCCGGGCGCAGCCGAGUGGGUACCUGAGUGUCAGGCUCGCUCCGCGCCCUGUGGCACCCUGGAGGGUCUGUCCCCAUGGGAGCCGCCCCCUGCGGCCCGAUGGCGGCGCGGAUAGAGGCGACGGGGGUGUUGGUGACCUUCAAAGAUGUAGCUGUGACCUUCACCCGGGAGGAGUGGAGACAGCUAGACUUGGCCCAGAGGACCCUGUACCAGGAGGUGAUGGUGGAGACCUGUGGACUCCUGGUCUCACUAGGGCAGCAGAUUCCUCAGCCAGAGUUGAUCCACCUACUGGAGCAUGGGCAGGAGCUGUGGACAGUGACGAGAGGUCUCUCAUAUAGCACCUGUGGAGGUAACAGAGCACAACUUCAGACCAGAAAGACAGCUACUUCUCUGCCAGUCUCAUCACAGGGAACCUUGCUCCAGGGACACCUAACUCAGGGAUCUUCAAGAGACUCUGGAUUACAGAAAUCCAGAGAUCAGGAAGGGCCUUUGAAAAUUCAGAAAGGCCAAAUGAAGCCAGGGACAUGCUCUCCUAAGGAGACCCCUCCUGGGAAACCAAGCCUUGAAGAUGGCAAUUUGGAGACAGAUGGUGGAUUGGGCCUGAGGGCAUUACAGGAGCAAGCCUCUCUUGGUGCUCUUUGCAUAGGUAACUCUCAGCAGUCAGGGAAGGAUACCCCGAUUUACACAGGGACAAACCUCUACAAAUGCAAACUGUGUGGGAAAGGUUUUAACGGGAAGUGGUAUCUUGUUCGACAUCAGCGGGUUCACACUGGACUGAAGCCAUAUGAGUGCAGUGCAUGUGGGAAAGCCUUUAGUCAGAGCUCAACGCUUAUCCGCCACUACUUCAUUCACACCGGAGAGAAACCCUACAAGUGCAUGGACUGUGGGAAAGCCUUCAAGCGCAGGGCAUACCUCACACAGCACCAUCCGAUUCACACCGGAGAGAAGCCCUAUGAGUGUGCUUGCUGUCGGAAGGCCUUCACUCACCGCUCGACCUUUAUUCGCCAUAGUAGGACCCACAGUGGAGAAAAGCCCUUUGAGUGCAAAGAGUGUGGGAAAGUCUUUAGCAAUAAAGCACACUUAAUUCAGCACUAUAUUGUCCACACUGGAGAGAAGCCCUAUGACUGUGUGGAGUGCGGCAAGGCCUUCCGGUGCAGCUCAGAACUUAUGCAGCACCGGAGGAUUCACACUGGGGAGAAGCCCUAUGAGUGCAGUCAGUGUGGGAAGGCCUUCCACCGGAACAUGUACCUGAUCCAGCACUCAGUCAUCCACACUGCAGAGAUGCUGUACAAGUGCAUCGCAUGUGGGAAGGCCUUCAAACGCAGGUCACACCUCUUACAGCACCAGAGGGUCCAUUCUUGAGCAAAACUGUCAGCGCAGUGCAUAAUGGAAAGUUCUCACACCAUCGCCUUUCUCUUUCAUGAUGGCACCGUACUCUAGCAGAAAACCCAUUGAGGGCACAGAAUGCUGGGAAGAUGUUUGUGUGUGGUGGGGGAGGUCUGGUCAACUUUUCCAUAACUGAACAUGUGAACAGUCACAUUGGAGGAAGCUCAUGAAUGCAGUGAAUGCAAGAAAGCAGUUAGCUUUCUUAGUAUCUGGGAAGGAUUUGCAUCAGAGAUAAACAGAAGGCUUUCAUUCACAGGUCAGCAUCAGAGACUCAUGUUGAGGAAAAGUAUUCUGAGUAUUCUAAGGACAGAUAAACCCAGAAGGAAAACCUUAUUUGCCAUCUCAGAAUUCACCAUGAAGAAUCACCACAAAGUUGUUGCUGUGAGAAAAUGAUGACAUUGUCACUCUUCCAAGUCAUAAUGGAAUCUGACUCCUGUGGGUUUUGCUCUAUGAACUUAUAAAGACCAAGUCAUGAGUCUCCUUGGUGAGCACUGGAGAGCCAUGUUACUGUUAUUUAAAAAUAGAGCCAUGGCUCAAGCCUGUAGUCCUAGCUGCUUGGGAGAUGUGAUUGGGAGGAUCACAGCUCGAGGCCAGCUUGGGCGAGUAGUUCAUAAAACCGUCAUCUCCAAAAUAACCAGAGCAAAAUAGACUAGAGGUAUGGCUCAAGCAGUGGAGUGCCUCCUUUGCAGCCAUGAAUUUCUGGGUUCAAACCACCAAAAUAUAUAUAUAGAGAGAGAGAGUGGGAUGUGGUGGCUCACACCUAUAACACCAGCUUUUCAGGAGUGGGGAGGUAGGAAGGUGCCGUUUGAGACCAACCCUGGAGGAAAAGUUAGACCCUGUCUCAAAAGCGUGAUGGUGUGUGCAAGCUACUUAGGAGGCUGAGGUAGGACUACUGUCUGAGGCCACUGACAGACAAAAAGUGCAAGACUGUGAAAAACAAAAAGUGAAAGGACUAGGGGCAUGGCUCAGGUGGUUGAGCCCUGAGUUCAAUCUGCAGGACCACAAAAUAAGUAAAUUACUCGGAAAAGGAGGAGGUGAGAGCAUGGACCGAGAGAGAAAAGCAAAUGUCCUCACAAACACCUUUAUACUUCCCUGCCAAGCCUGUUAAUGGUUUUCACCAGUUGUGACUCAGUAGGGGGAUGGUUGAGAGAUACAAGGGCCUCAACUAUUUGCUUAUUCUAAUAUUAUUUUUUAUAAUUGAUGAUCUGUUAGCUUGGUGCCCUGUGCUUUCUGGUUAUGUUCACUGCUAUCCUGUGGCAGGGGGCCUGGGCAGCAAACGCAGCCCUUCAUCACAAACCUUUGUUCCAAACAAAGGAUAGAUGUUCGUGAGAGAUGAAGGCUCAAGUCAAUAAAUAUUUGAGCUUAUAACUAUGUACAACCUCAUUAACAUGUGCACCACUCAAGACUAAUCUUGGACUUUUCUGAACAAGUCCAAUGUUCACGUGGUUCUAACUGCCAAGCACUCACUUUUCCUGAAGAUCCUGGACCACAGGUUUGUUUUUGUAUUUCCUUCUGCAGCAUGUUCAGUCACCUGGUAUUUGUCCAACCUCUUCUGGUGAGGCCCAAUUCUUUAUUCUAGUUUUUCUCAGUUUCUUUAAUCCUUUGUAUAGGGCCAUUUCCAGUUCCUUCUCAGCAGUUUUCUAGGGGCUGUUAUAAUGUUAAAAAACCAAAUAAAAUAUAACUAAGACAGAGGGCUUGGGGGAGGAAAAUGUAGGGAGUGGUGAUGAUGACUUCCCACUGAGGACCUCCAGAGAAGGAAGUGACAGGAGGGAAGCAGCUGAGGGGCCAGCAGAGAGACAGUAAGUGUGGGAGAGGGAAGGAGGGGGACAUGGAGAGGGGCAGAAACAAGGGUUCAUUGCCAAAAAGACAAGUGCAGAAAAGUGCAGUCAGCUGAAGUGUGUCAUGUUAGAAUGUGAAAAUCCAGGCAAGACCCAACUGGAACAUCUACAGCAGCAAACAAAGUCCAUUCCCAUUUCUUCUGUCUGGUUUCAGGCCACCUCCCCUUUCCACUAACUCAGCCUACAGCACACAUCCUCUUCUGUAAGCAAAUUUCAGGCUUUUCAAGGCAGGGUCAUAUUCUAAUUUUCAGGUGAUUCUCAAACCUUCAGCAUGUUGACCUGUUUUACUCAGUAGACUUCUACCUUCACAAGGUUUCACUAGUGACUUUUCUGGUUUCUUGGUUAUCUCUGUGACUGUACCUUGGAGUUUGCACAGCUCAGUGCUUUUCACUA